AACAAAUAACAUAGAUAAAUUUGCAAUUUUUAAACUUUAACAUAAAUAUAAAUGAGUAAUGUGAAAAUAUCUUCAAUAAAUGAAAAUUAAAAUAUACAAAUGAAGCUUGCAGGGCUAAAAGAUUUGCUUAAAACAUAAGUAGAAAAUAGAAACUAAGAGUAGAUCAGCAAAAUUUCUAGCAUUAUUAAAUAAUUAUCUGUUCUUCCGAACUACUUUUCAUCUUAAAAUGUAUUGGGAUACUAAAUAGGCAAUUAUCAAGAUAAAAUAGAUUAUUUUAUAGCUUCAUAGCUAGAAUACUUGGUAUUCGAUUCAAAUAUUGACAUUCAAAAUAAAAUAAGAGACGAUAAAGGGAUUUGCCUUUUACUAUCUGGAAAAAUAACGCUUGAAAAGAUUAUAUAAAAUGAAAAUAUUCAAAAUAAAAGUAUUGAUAAAAGUAUAGUAGUAUUAAAAGAGUUUAAAAAGGGUAGCUUUUUCAGCUUUUACGAUAUUCAGUAUUAAGUAGAAGGUUCAAAAAUUACAAUUUCAGGUCAAAACGAUUUAAUGAAUGUCCUGGGAGAAAGUGAAUAGAAACAAAAAUUUGACAAUAUAGAAGUUGGCUAUUUAAAUUUAUAGUUGUAGAAAGAGAUAAAAAGUUAAUUACAAACAGCAAAUUAUAAAUCAUCUAUAUUUAAUUAUUAUGAUAGCAUUAUAAAGAAAGAAAUAUCAUUAAUGAAAUUAAAUUAUGGUUUUACACAAUAUCUCUCAGAGAUCUAGAUAGGAUAAAUUCUUUUUCAUUCUUAAAUUAGAAAUUUUUCAAAUAAAGAACCUGUGUUUCUAAAUAAAGAAGAAUCUAAUUAUGUCUAUAUUGUUAGAAAAGGAAGUUUUUAAGUUUUUUGGAGAGACUAUUCUAUAAAUUAGUAAAGAUAAUCUAUAUUCUUUUCAAACUUAGACUAAGAAAAUUCCCUGCUUAGAAGAUGGUCUUUGAGAGUUUAUGAAUCUAAGGAAAUAUUUGGUGAAGAUGAUAUUAUUUUUAAUUGCAGAUAAAGAUGCUUUGAUGUUAUAUGUAAUAGUGUGUCAGGCCAACUUAUAACAAUACAAAAAAACUAUUUUCUUUAUUGCUUAUAUCCUAUGCUGAAGAAUUACUUUAAUGUUUUGGUUGAGGAUAAAGAAAAGCUCAUUAAUGAAAGAAUUAAUUAAAUUAGAAAUUAAUAAGGCAAAAACUUUACUAUUGUCUCUCCAUCUUUAUAAUCUACACAACCCAUAUCAAGAGAAUGUAAGGAAAUUUCCUUAGAAGAUAGCUAUAAUAGUGUGCAGUUUAUAUAAAAGUAGUAAUCAUUAUCAUCUCCUUCUGUUUCUCCUGAUAAUUUUUGUACUAAUGUUAGUUAAAAAGAAAAAAAAGAUGCUUUAAUAUUACAAUAAGGACUCUCAAGUCAGCUCACUCAACAAAAUUCAAAAUAAGAAAGCUAAAAAAGCAAUUUAGAACAUAAAAAUUCAAAUAAAAUGCUUUUUUAGUUUAUUUUAAAUAAAUCAAAUUAUGCUCAAAAUUAACCAUAAUAAAUGAACAAAAAAAUUAAUAACAGUAUUUAAGCAAGAUUAAAUACAAAAAGAUAUGAUAAUAUAGGUAAUGUAAACAGGUUAGAACAAAAUAUUAUAGAAAAUAAAUAAAUAGAAGUUAGCUAAAGCAAUAAUUUAAAUUAAAAAGUUUAAAAGUUAUUACAAUAAAAUUUAACAAAUUCUUUAUCCUUUACUUAAAAGGAGGAGUUUGAAUAAUCAUUUUAAAACUCCCUUAACAAAUUAAUUGAAUAUCAAGUCUCUUAAACUUUUUCUUCUCGCUCAAUAAAAAAUAACAGUCAUACAUUCAACAACCCUAAAUCAGAAACAGCUAUUGGAAUAAAAAAGAGAUAAAAAAAUUUAAUUUCUGAACCCUCUUUUUCGUUUUAGUAGAUAUCACCUUCACUUAAAGACUCGAAUUCAUUAAUAGCUAAACAAAAAAAAUUAAAAACUAAUAAUUUUUAGUAUUCUUAAUCGCCAAACAAAAAUUCUUUACAAAACUUUUCAGAGAUUAAUUUUCCUUAAACUUCAGAGAGAAGAACAAUAAAAAAAAAUAAUAGUUAAAAUGCAGUUUUAAAGAGAUAAGCAAACAGAGUUAGCCCGAUUUAAUCGGACAAAGCAAUAGUCUUAAAAAGUAGCAGCGAAAGUGCAAGUUAAGGAACUAAUAAUUCUGAAGGAGUUUGUAUUUUGCAGGCUCUCCAAGCAUCAAAUAGUGCAAAUUUAACUAACACUAAUAAUAGUCAUAGUACAUAAAAUAAUAAAAGUAUAAAUUAAAAAUUAAUUUUAAACAGCAACAAUAGCAGUAGUAUUUCAGUUUAAAGUGCAAAAAUAUCUAAUGGCAUAUAUUUGAAUUAAAGCUCAGGAGUCAUUUAAGAAGAAAAUUAAUAAACUUUUUAAAAAUUUCAUAGCUUUAAAUAAGAAAUGCUUGAAAAGCUAAAGGAAAAUCACAAUUUAAAAUCUAAAAAAGAAAUUUUAUCUAAAAGUUUAUCUUAAAAAUAGCAAUAAUAAUAGUAGACAUAAUCUCUUUCAUGCUAUAGCAAUAUGAUAUACAGUAAAAUCAAAGAAAAAGAUAGCAUAAGAAAAAAUUUGAAAAAGGAAUAUUCUGUUUUAAAUAAAAAGGGUAAUAUUAAUGCGCUCUCACAAUAUUCUUUUAAACUUGGAAAUUAUAAAAUUAAAAGUGAGCUAUUGUCAAACUCUUUUGAAAACUUAAAAUAAAUAUCUACUUCAAACCAAGAAAAAAUAAAUAAGUUAAGAAGAAAGUUUUCUGGAGAAGAAAAUAUGAAUAGUAAUAAACCAAAAUAUUUAUUUACUCCUUCAAGCGUUUCUCAUAGUAAAUUUAGUAAAAAAAGUAAAGGUUAAUAGCUUUUAGAAAAAAUAGUAGGAGGAAGCUAGUUAAACAACAAGUUAGAAUAUUAAAAUUUAUUUUUGAAUUCUCCACUUUAAUAAGAUGUUAAAAGUUUACUUGAAAAAUAGUAGUCAUAAAUGUUUGGAAUAGACAAAAUUCUAACUGAGCAGAGCUAAAAACCUUCUAUUACUUAAAGGGCUACCUAGUAUAUUACUAAUGAAUUGAAAUUUUUUAACAAUGAUACUUAAAACAGCUCGCAAGCUCACAUUUAAACUGAUACUUCCCCUUAAACACAGGAUCGUCUUAAAUAAAUUAAUGAAACACCAUAAACAGCUUCAAAAACUCCAAUAAAUACGAAUCUUGAUAAAGAAUCAGAUAAAACAGCAAAAAGCAAUUAAAAUAACUCUUAAAAGUUCAACAAUAUACAUUCGAACUAGUAGUCUUCUAGUUAUCAUUUACUCUAACAAAUCACUAAAUAUCAACAUUUUAACUAAAAUAUAAAAUAAAUUAAUAAUAAAAAUUUUGGAAAAUUAAAGUAGCUAAUUAGUUAAAGCUUUGCUACUCCAAAAUGCAAGAAUAUAUCUUCUUAAAAAAUUUAAUAAACAUGUAUCGGAGAAACGCCUAAAAAUCUUAGUAUAUAAAAUGAUUAAAGUAUAACUUAACAGCAAUAAAAUUGA